GUGCAAAUGGGACAUGAAACAGGCGUAAACGGAACACUAAGGAAAACAACAACCGGAACUCCUGCUUAAAGGCCGAAGGACUACAUUUACAUUUGCGUUACAGCGUCAGAAGACACUCAAGUCGGAAGAGGCGAGCAAAGUGGCCGCCAUGGAAGCGGUGCCCCGGAUGCCCAUGAUCUGGCUGGAUCUGAAAGAGGCUGGGGAGUUUCAGUUCAGCCCGGCCGUGAGGCAGUUCAUCCUGAAGAACUAUGGGGAGAAUCCAGACAACUACAAUGAUCAGUUGAAGAAGCUGGAGCAGCUGCGCCAGAGUGCGGUCAAUGUCACCAGGGACUUCGAGGGCUGCAGCACCCUGAGGAAGUACUUUGGGCAGCUGCACUACCUGCAGAGUCGCGUCCCGAUGGGCUCCGGUCAGGAAGCCGCCGUGCCCAUCUCCUGGACCGAGAUUUUUUCUGGGAAGACGGUUACUCACGAUGACAUCUGCUAUGAACAAGCGUGCAUCCUCUACAACCUGGGGGCCCUCCACUCCAUGCUGGGUGCCAUGGACAACAGGGUGUCGGAGGAGGGCAUGAAGGUGUCCUGCACGCACUUCCAGUGCUCAGCGGGGGCCUUCUCCUACCUGAAGGACCAUUUCAGUCACAGCUUUAGUGUGGACAUGAGUCACCAGAUCCUCAACCUCAACAUCAACCUCAUGCUGGGCCAGGCUCAGGAGUGUUUGCUGGAGAAGUCAAUGCUGGAUAACAGGAAGAGCUUCCUGGUGGCUCGCAUCAGUGCCCAGGUGGUCGACUAUUACAGGGAGGCAUGCUGGACCUUGGAGAACUCUGAUACGGCUUCUUUGUUGGGGAAGAUUCAGAAGGAUUGGAAGAAGCUGGUGCAGAUGAAGAUCUAUUAUUUUGCUGCCAUUGCUCAUCUGCAUAUGGGGAAGCAGGCAGAGGAGCAGCAGAAGUACGGGGAAAGGCUGGCCUACCUGCAGAGCUCCCUAGACAAGCUGAAUGAGGCAAUGAAGCUGGCCAAGGGGCAGCCUGACAGCGUGCAGGACGCCUUACGCUUCACCAUGGACGUCAUCGGAGGAAAGUUCAACUCUGCUAAGAAGGAUAAUGACUUCAUCUACCAUGAGUCUGUGCCUGCUCUGGACACACUGCCUUCUGUAAAAGGUGCACCCCUGGUGAAGGGCCUACCGGUGAACCCUACUGACCCGAGCGUUACUGGGCCAGACAUCUUCUCCAAACUGGUGCCUAUGGCAGCCCAUGAGGCCUCCUCUCUCUACAGCGAGGAGAAAGCCAAGCUGCUGAGGGAGGUCAUGGCCAAGAUCGACAGCAAGAACGAGACUCUAGAACAGUUUAUGGACUCGCUGUGCCUGGACCCCAACACCGUGGACAACCUGGGCAUGUACGAGCACAUCCCCCCCGUCCUGAUGGAGAGGUGUGCUGCCCUGAGCGUGCGGCCAGACACCGUCAAGAGCCUCGUCCAGUCCAUGCAGGUGCUGUCAGGCGUGUUCACAGAUGUGGAGGCCUCACUGCGUGAGAUCCGGGAUGUUCUGGAUGAGGACGAGGCAGGAGAGCGGAGCCUGGAGGAGGCAGGGGUGAAGCCGCCCCCCCAGCCCCCCCCUCUCGCUGAGCUGCGCCGUGACCUUGAGAAGUAUCUGGAAGCUCAUGAGAAAGCCAGCUUCACCAAUACGGAGCUGCACCGUGCCAUGAACCUUCACGUACCCCACCUGCGGCUGCUGGGAGGACCACUGGACAGCCUGCGGGAGACGCUGCCCCACCCCCAGCUCAGUGAGGACGAGCUUGCAAGUCUUCACUGCAUGAAGCGCAUUCUGGGGAAGGUGCAGGAAAUGCGAGACCAGCGGAGCUCCCUAGAGAAGCAGUUGCGCGACCUUAUCCAGCAAGACGACAUCACAUCUGUCCUGGUCACCACUGAACGUGCUGACAUGAAGAAAUUGUUUGAGGAGCAGCUGAAGAAAUACGAUCAGGUGAAGCUCUACAUUGACCAGAACCUGGCCGCCCAGGAGAACAUCCUGAAAGCGCUAACGGAGGCUAACGUGCAGUACGCUAUGGUGCGCAAGGGCCUGACGGAGACGGAGCACAAGUGGAACAACACCGUGCAGAUGCUGGUCUCCUCCUACGAGGCCUAUGAGGACCUCAUGAAGAAGUCUCAGGAGGGCCGAGAGUUCUACCAGGACCUGGAGGGGAAGGCCUCCCAGCUGCUGGAGAAGGCCCGCGGCACGUGCAAGGCCCGCGAGGAGGAGCGCCGAGCCCUUCUGGAGAGGGAGCUUCAGAAGAAAGCCCCCCCUCGGCCCACGGCCCCUAAACCCCCCCUGCAGAAGAAACCGUCUGAGAUGGACUCCUCCAGCUCCCUGGAAGACCCUGAACUGGCCCAGAUCAACGCAGCCAUCCUCAGUCUGGGGGGGGAUGUCCCUGAGGAGCUACGCAGCAUGCCACCAGACAUGUCCUUCCCAGUGGUGGGCAGGGUAGGAGCUCGCCCCCCUGGCCCUGACACCUUCUUACCUGGGGGUGGCGCAGUGCCCUCCCUGCACUGGCCGAUAGCCGGCUCCGCUCCUUAUGCCCAGCUGCCUCGCUUCCCCCCCCAGCCAGCCCCCCCGGGAUCCCUGCCUCAGCCGCCUCACACUAGCCAGCCCCACUUUCCCCAGCCGUCACCUGUGCCUGGCUACGCCCAUCCGCAGUCCCAGCCGUGCCCACCAGGGGGUGCAGUCGUCGUGAGGCCAUCCACUACCACGGUGGACAGCGUGCAGACACCCAUUCCCAGCUACGCCCCGACCCUCCGCCACGCAAUGCCCCCCAUCACCUCUACUGGUUAUAUGCCCCCACCCCAGAUGGGCCAUUUUCCCCAGUAUCCCCCCCAAGCACGAAUGCCCCCUCAGGGAUACCCCCAGCCGCAAGCCCCAUUUCCCCUGCAGCCCCCACAGGUACAGGGCCAGUAUCCCCGGUACAUGCCCCCACACUUCCAGCAGCCUGCCUUUGCAGGGCAGCUUCCACCUCUCAGCCACCCAGGCUUGCCGGCCCCACCCCCUCGGCCAGGCUAUCCCCCUCCCCAUGUGAUGUCCGGCUCCCAUCCAGUGCCCCCUGCCUCCCAGGCUCAGGUCUCCCCAUAUUCUGGCCAGACCCCGAUGCCACGAGCAACGAUACCCCCCCACCAGCCUCAGCUGCCCCCGGCCUCUGGCCCCGCCCAGCACCCCCUUCCUCAUGGCAUUCUGCACUCCGUGCCUCCUGGUGUUCUGCUCCACCAGCCUCAACAGCCCCAGUUGCCUUCGGUUUCUGUUCCCUCCAAGCCGCAGUUGCCCCCUGGUGUUCUGCCCCACCAGCCCCAAAUGCCCCCAGCCUCUGCACUCACACAGCCCUCGAUGCCCCCUGGUGUUCUGCCCCACCAGCCCCAAAUGCCCCCAGCUUCUGCCCCCUCCCAGCCCUCGAUGCCCCCUGGUGUUCUGCCCCACCAGCCCCAAAUGCCUCCAGCCUCUGCCCCCUCCCAACCACUGUUGCCUCAUGGUGUUCUGCCCCACCAGCCCCAAAUGCCCCCAGCUUCUGCCCCCUCGCAGCCUCUCCCGCCUGCUGGCCAUUUGCCCCCUAAUGCUCAGCUGCCUCUUGCCCCUUUGCCUGGCCUGCCCCAGCAGUCAGGGACAGUGUGCUACACGGGAGGGGGUCCCGUCUUGCCCCAGCCUCCUGCUGGUCCUGUUCAGCCGCAGAGUUCCUGCCCCAGUUACUGUCCCCCUACCCCACCACCCGGGGGUCAUGUAUCCCACCCAGCCCCCACCCCACCACCAAUGCUGCCACCCGGUUCGGGCUCAUCAGCCAGCCAACCCCCCAGCAUGAUGUCGCCCUCUCCCUCCCCAGUGCUGAUACCCCAGCACCCCUCUCCUUCUCCCUCUCUCACUGGAAGCACAGGAGUGGCCCACCUCCCCCAUCCUGGCUCUGCCUCCUCUCCCCCCGUGUCCUCCGCCUCCCCACCUCCCGCCAGCGGCUCGGGCCCCUUAUUCCAGCGAAUGAGUUCCAGCACAGACGACCUCCUGUCCAGCAGCCCUGAGGGUCUGCACGGGGGCCCCAAGGCGGCCGGCCACGUACUGCUACCCACCAAGGCCGACCCGCAGGACGGGCAGCGCUCCCGGCAGCCCGCGGGCGUGCGGCUUAUCGAGGGCGACCCCUACGGCGCCCCGGGCCGCAUCCAGAGGCUGCGCGAGGACCUGGAGCGCUUCGGCGCGGAGGUGCAGGCGCUGGCGGAGCCGGCCGAGCUGGACGGCCGCUGGCGGGAGCUGCAGGAGCAGCAGGAGCGCGACGUUCGCCAGCUCUCCAUCGCCGUGGCGCGCUGCUACAGCAUGAAGAACCGCCGGCAGGACGUCAUGCCCUACGACUGCAACCGCGUGCUGCUGAGUUCCGGCAAGGACGACUACAUCAACGCCAGCACCGUGGGGGAGCUGUCCCCCUACUGCCCCCACUUCAUCGCCACGCAGGCCCCGCUGCCCGGCACUGCUGCCGACUUCUGGCUCAUGGUUUACGAGCAGAAGGUGUCGGUGGUGGUCAUGCUGGUGUCGGAGCAGGAGCUGGAGAAGCAAAAGGUGCCGUGCUACUUCCCGUCGGAGCGCGGCCAACAGCUGUCCCACGGCCCCAUCGUGCUGACGCUCACCACGCAGAAGGCCACGCCCACUCACGUGGAGCGCAUGAUCAGCCUGCAGUACCGGGACCAGAGUCUGAGGCGCACCAUCAUACACCUGCAGUUCACCUCCUGGCCUGAGCUGGGGCUCCCGGACAGCCAGAGCAAUCUGAUCCGUUUCAUCCAGGAGGUCCAUGGACACUACCUGCACCAGCGCCCCCUACACACACCUAUCGUAGUGCACUGCAGCUCGGGGGUGGGGCGCACUGGUGCCUUCUGCCUCCUGUAUGCAGCACUGCAGGAGCUUGAUGCUGGAAACGACAUCCCUGACCUGCUGUCAUUGGUGAGGAAGAUGAGGCAGCAGAGGAAGAACAUGCUGCAGGAGAAGCUUCACCUCAAGUUCUGCUACGAAGCUGUCCUGAUGCACGCAGAGCAGGUUCUCCAGCGCCAUGGGAUCCCUAGCAUCCCCUGCAACAGAACCCCCAACAGUGCGGUUCUCAGGGCGUACUCACGGCAGGAGUCCCAGGAUAUUGUCCUCGGAGGGGACAUGCCAAUCAGCUCUAUCCAGGCUACCAUCGCCAAGCUGAGCAUUCGGCCACCGAGCAGCAGCCCGGAGCAGGGCUCCAUCCUGGGCUCCGACCUCCCCGGGAACCUAGAGCCAAGCAGUAUGACCGCCAUCCAUGCCCCCUACACGGCACCCCAGCCCCUGUCUCUCAGUCCUCCCCAUUCCCUAUCCCCCUCCCCACCAAUGAAGGUGCAGUCCCCUCCGCCUCCCACUACAGAGCAGGGCAACAGCCUGGAUGGCUCUGUCAAUCACCUCUCUGGCCCAACCCCUGCUGCCAAUCACCACCCGACUCCGCCCCAACCCACAAGCUCCUCCUCCUCCUCCUCCCUGGAGCUUCUGGCUUCCCUUACGCCCGAGGCGUUCACACUAGACAGCAGCAGCCGAGGGAAGCCCAGGAUCAACAAGCAGAGCUUCCUGCAGCCGCACAACGGGCAGGGCCUGCAGCGAGACCCAUCUGGGGACGACCCGCUCAGCAGCCUGGACCCACUGUGGACACUCAACAAGACCUGAAGAGCCACUACAUGCCCUCCUCUUCCUUAUGCUUUGUCCCUUGUCCUCCCUUUGCAUUCUGUCCCCUGGGACCACAUCACUGUGGGUCUGUCUGCCUGUGUUCCCCUGAACAUCUCUACCGGCCCUCUGGCUAUCCAAGCAUGCUCUCCUAUGUCCUGCUGUCUAUCGCCCGUGCCGUGCUGUCUCCCUGUCUCUCCUCAUGUGGCCAGUCUGCAUGAGAAAGACAGCGACUGUGGUGGGUGCAUUCUGAGGUCCAGAAGAGUACAGUAGCGUUUAACUGGAAUUGUGGACACAAGACAGCCAUGCUGGCUGUUGUUUGGCUAGGAUCCUAAUUAGCUUCUUGCAUAGCAGGUACAUAUACACACGCUACAGUGGUGUAUCCGAUCUGACUGGGUGAUUGUACGUAUAUAUGAUGAGCAGAAUGGAAGAGUAGUUAUUACUGAAAUUGGCUUUAAUAAUACUGAUUUCCCCAGUCCCACGCUCACUCUCUUACCUACAAAAACACACCAGAAUCAGCAGACCAGAAAUUGUAAUGCAUAUUUUUAACUCCUGUUUGCUUCUUUUCUUAUAACCCUGUAAAUACACCUGGAUUAAAGUAAGUGUUCUGAGAGUGA